AUGACCACGAUUCCUGCGCGUCUGGCGCGCUCCGUCCAGGCCCGCAAGCGUGCCCUCAAGCUCUACCGGGACUGGUACCGCGGCGCUCCCGAGAUUGUCAGCAUCUACGCCCUCAACGUCUCGCCCGCCUUCAUUCGCCACUGCGUCCGCCAGCACUUCGAGCAGAACCGCUACGUCUCCGACACCCGCGUCGUUGACGUCCUCCUGCACAAGGGCCGGGUGGAGUACCAGGAGACGAUGAACUGCUGGAAGCAGCUCGACCACAUCAUGGGUAUCCUCCUCCAGCCGAAGGGCCGGCCCCCACGCACCUUCCUGCAGAAGUUCUACGAGGGCAGGGACGAGGACGCGGUCCUUCCGGCUGCGACAGGGAUCAUCAAUGCAAAGACUAUCUAG